UUCGGUUCUGCCGAGGUUUUCUUUUUUUUUUUUUUUUUUCUUUCUUUCUUCUUUUGUGCUUACAUACGUAACUGACUUAAGUUGAUCUGUUCAUAUUUUCGUAAUCUGCGCAGUCCUCUUCCACAUUCCAACAAUGAAGUUUUAUACCAAGUUUUUUUUAUUCUGCAGCAUAAGCGUCGCUUUCAUUGCAUUUCUAUGGAGAGGUCCGUCUUUUAACGAGGAGUCCUUAAAGGGCGCCCGGGUGCUGGUGACUGGUGCUAGCACUGGUAUUGGUGAGCAGUUGUCGUACCACUAUGCCCGUUUAGGAGCCCAACUUGUUAUCACGGCAAGGAGAGCAAAUGUCUUAGAACAGGUUGUGAACAAGUGCCUGGAACUCGGGGCACAAAAAGCCUUGUUCAUCCCCGCAGACAUGGCCAACCCCUCCGAUGCUGAGAUGGUGGUGCAGAAUGCCAUUGAAAAGCUUGGGGGACUGGAUUUCCUAGUCCUAAACCAUAUUGGGCCUGGUCCAUAUGAAAUGUGGGAUGGAGACGUGGAGCAUAUUAGAUGGUUGCUACAGGUGAAUUUUCUCAGUUACGUCCAGAUGGCGAAGAAAGCUUUGCCAACACUUGAAAAGAGCGAAGGAUCCAUAGUCGUUGUUUCCUCCCUGUUAGGAAAAAUGUGCACCCCCUUUACUUUACCGUACACUGCAACUAAGUUUGCGCUGAAUGGUUUCUUUGGAAGUCUCCAGCAUGAGCUAGCUAUGCAGGGGAGCAAUGUGUCUGUGACCAUCUGUAUACUCGGCCUGAUCGACACAGAGACAGCCAUGGAGAAAAUCAAAGGUUAUAUUAAUAUGACCGCCUACCCUUCACACGAGGCCGCCUGGCACAUUAUCGAAGCUGGAGCAUUGCGGCAGUCGGAGUCCUUUUACCCCUUGUACACCUACUACGCCACUCUCUUCAGGGAUUGGUUUCCCUACUACAGGGAUCUGGCAAUUCGAAACUCCUACACAUAUAAUCCAUAAAUUGUGGAACCAGUUAAGCCUUGUGGGAAUCCUUGUGUGUGCAGAAACAUCAACAUGGAAUAAGCCGCUGGAACCAUGGCCAAGCGGUUAGAAAAUGUGCUCAUACACACUGAGCCAUGGUGCUCAUGCAGAUGAUAUGGGUGGUUUGAGUCUGGGUUGCGUCAUUUCCCAAUCCCAUCUCUCCCUCUUCUUCUUCUUGUUUCCUGUCCUCUCUCUAAUAUUCCUGUUAUUAAAAUGGCAAAAAGGCCAAAAAUAAAACUUGAAAAACAUGGAGUAUGUUGUAAUUUUUUUAACAUUAAAAAAAUUGAUUCAAGUAAUCUUAUAGUGCAUUAUCAAGAAGGUAUUUCUGCUGUGAAGAUGAAAUGUUUUUGGUAGGGAUGUCCCAAUAUCAAUACUGGCAUCGGAAUCAGGUCCGAUACUGUGCUUAUGGACUUCUACUCAUGCUUGCAAAAAUGUUACGAUACCAAAAACUGAUACCAUCCAAGUAGGUGUAGCUGCAGGCCAGAGAUCUCCAAAUGGGAGCAGAAUCUCCAAAAGAGUGCGGAGUUACUUCAGAAGGGGACAGGGUUACUCCAAAAGGGGGUUGCGCGAACUACAAAAGGGUGCGUCACUUCCACUCACAGUUAGGGAUAGGGUUAGGUUAGGUUAGGUUAAGGACUGCCUAUAUCUUUGUUGGUAGUUUGGACCUGCAGAUAUAUCAUUCUCAUACCAUCUAACGUACGAAUGUCAUUGCGUAAACAUUAAGCGCAUAAAUUAAAAUUAUGUACUAGUGUAGUUAUUAAACUGCAAAGACUGUGAUGAGAUUUAAUGAGAUAAAUAUAUAGUUUGCAUGUGCUGCACGCUUCAAAGUAAAUAGAUCUUGUUUUAAGAAUGUUUAAAUGUAAAUGUGAAGCCGGCUGCUCAUAUCAAGGAGCUCUAAAACACCAUCAUGAGCAUUGUACGCUCUGUUUGUAGUAGAUGACAGCGAGCAGAGUGCUAAUUAACUAUGUAGAGCGCAGCACAUACAGACUACAUAUUUAUUUAAUUAAAUAGCAGCCUUUUGCGGUUUAACAAUCACACUGGGACAUGUAGCGACCUGCUUUUCUGGAGGUAAGAAGCUACUGUCAAAAACACACAGAAGCGGAAAGGACCAAAUUAAAAGCUUCCUCCAAAAUAAAAGCUCCAUUUAAAUGGAAAAAAUUACAACAGAAAUAUAUCACUACUGUAUAGUUAUGUAAUAUUCACUGUAAUACUACUACUACUACAAU